AUGACAGUCAAGUACCCUACAGAUCGCCAGGCGACCAUGGAGUACAUCAGGCCUGACUCCAAGAUGAACCGAAGAUACAUGGCGGCUGGGGAAGAAAUUAACACUGGCAAAUACGAGACGAAACCUGUUUUGGUCCAUGAUGCGAGGCACGAGAUACCCAAGCUCACGCUAGACACGACGGGGUUCGAGCUCUUCGAGCAUGAAUCGAAGGUGUCAGACUGGAGCGACAUGGCAGAGUUGGAAUCAACCUACUCGGAUGAGAUUCAUGACUUUGUGUCCAAGUUAACAGGCGCCGACAAAGUUAUCGUCUUCGGCCCAGUUCGUCGAACCACCGAUGAUAAAAAGCCUGACAACUUAGACACCGCCUGGAACGACCAACCGCCAGCUUCGGACGUGCACGUCGACUACACUCCUCGUCGUGCGGAGUGUCUCGCUGAGGACUUUGCAGCAAAAGCUGGGUUCCGCAGGAGCGACUACAAGCAGGUCAAGCUCAUCAACCUUUGGCGUGCAGUCAAGCCGGGCCCUCAGAACUGGCCAUUGGCCUUGUGCCGAGGAGAUAUCGUAGGCGACGACGAAGGCGUCAUCAACAAUUUACUCUACGUCGACAAGGUGCCAGCCCCGGACCAGAUGCCAGAUGAGCUUCCGCAUGACCCAAUGUAUCCUGAGGGUUCACUUUUCACGUACCGCCCGACGCAUCGCUGGAUGUACUAUAGCAAUAUGGACAAGGAUGAGCUGCUGGCAUUUACGCUGUAUGACUCCAAGAUGGAACGGCCAUGGCGGGUACCUCACUGCGCGUUUUACAACGAUGCAGUUGGGGUCAAGAAGCGGGAGAGUGUCGAGAUCAGGACUGCGUGCUAUUUUAAGUAA